CCAGCACUGAAUCAAAAAGCCCUUCUGGUAGUAGCAAUUACGAUCCUGAACUAUCCAAUUGAUCGCAAACAUGAGCCAACCGAUUGGAUUGACAACGAUCCCCAGGCUGCUGCCUGUCACGGGCACGUUCGCGCUCCCUUUUACGAUCUACUACGCAUUUCUUAGCCUUCGCGUCGUCAACGAGCGUGUGAAAUCCAAGCAAUACUUGGGCGAAAACUCCUCAAAGCCUGGAGCGGAUCCCGAAUCAUACAAAGCUAAUGCACUUUACCUUGCCGGCCGUUCGCACAUCAAUUACAUCGAGAACGUGCCGCUUGCUUUUAUCCUUGCUUCGUUGAUUGAGGUCAACGGUGGCAACCGCAAAACACUAAGCUGGCUGCUCGGGAGCUUCUUCGCCUUCCGCGUGCUGCACGCCGAGCUUGGAAUUAUGAAGCCCCGAGGCAUGGGCAAGGGCAGGCCCAUCGGCUAUUUCGGUAGCAUCGGCGUUCUUGGUGCUUUGGCCGGCUACGGGGCUUUCUUGGUAAAGGGAUAUUGGGGACACUGAUUCAAUCUUUACUUGCCACCUUUCCAUUUAUCGAGCUUGUAGAUGGGUUGAAUUCAAGGAAGGAUGAGAAGGAUUCAAAGCGAGUCGUUUUACCUUGCAAUGUUGCGAGGGUUGCCGCUGUGCCCAGAACUUUUCUCCUCACUAAUACUGUAUCGCGGGGUCAAGCGAGAUCAAUAGUGCUGAGAACUGGAGAAUCAAGUAUUAGAAACAUCCUCGUGUACGGAUGCUUCGUAUGACUUAAUAUGAAUUUCAGCUAGUAACAUAGGCUCGGCAUUCCUGGUUAUCUCAAGUCAGCAUCGGUAAUCAAGUCUUGAUUCCUGCGCAUCAGUCAUACAAACUAUCAGCCAGGAUAGUUCAUCGGAAAUGUUAG